CAGCCGAUGGGGACACGCAAGCCGCGUUUGGCGGCUGACGCGCGGAGCGCGGUGCGGUGCCGCGGUGCCUGACGCGCUCCCGGCCGGGCCGGGCCGGGCUGGCAGCGCUCCCCGGCCUCCUUCCGCCGCACGGGAUGAGCGGGGCGGCGUUCCCGUCGCCGGCUGCCGAGAUGGCCGAGAUGAACCGGCUGCAGUACGAGAUGGAAUACACCGAGGGCAUCAGCCAGCGCAUGAGGGUCCCCGAGAAGCUCAAGGUGGCUCCUCAGAACUCUGACCUGGACAAGAACAGCCUGGAAGGAUUCCCAAAUGCCAGUGUAACCAUGCAGGUUCCAGAGCGGAUUGUAGUGGCAGGUAAUAGUGAAGACAUUCCAUUUUCCAGACCAACAGACCUUGACAUUCUUCAGUCUACUCCAUUCAAACCACUGGCAUUGAAAACUCCUCCCCGUGUUAUUUCUCUUAGUGAUCGACCGCUAGAUUUUUUGGACCUAGAAAAACCUCCACAGCAGACACCUCAGAGUGAAGAGGUGCGCGCGGUGGGAAGGCUGAAGCGAGAGCGCUCCAUGAGCGAGAACGCCACGCGGCAGAACGGGCAGCUGGCCCGCAACGACUCCAUGUGGCACAGAUCAGAUACUGUCCCAAGAAAUAAAAUGCCACGGUUCCAGUCACCUCUUUCGACUAAGGAUUGCACUGUGACCCCAUCACUGCAACAGGCCCGUGUCUGUCCUCCCAAUAUGUUACCUGAAGAUGGAAUUAAUCUUUACUCUGCUCGUGGCAUUUUGUCGUUUAUCCAGUCUUCCACUCGUAGGGCUUACCAGCAGGUCUUGGAUGUGCUGGAUGAAAACCGCAGCUUGGACAAGGACAAUAGGCCAAUGUUACGUGGUGGGUCAGCUGCUACCACCUCCUCUAACCCUCAUCAUGACAACACCAGAUACACUCUCUCCAGCUUCGAAACGACGCUCGAGGGAACCCCAGAUGACAUGACAGUCGUAGAUGCUGCCUCCCUGAGAAGACAGAUAAUCAAACUUAAUCGCCGUCUCCAGCUCCUGGAAGAAGAGAACAAAGAGCGUGCUAAGAGGGAAAUGAUCAUGUAUUCCAUUACUGUAGCUUUCUGGCUACUCAAUAGCUGGCUUUGGUUUCGGCGCUAGACACAGCUCUCAGAAAGAUUUACGAGCUGCAAACACAAACAAUUUGCAAAAUUCCUUGUUUGUUUCUGAUUGUAUGCUGUUUUAUAAUGAAUACACUGGAAACUUCCACCACAGAUAAAGGCUCUAGAAUUGCAGUGUUAAAGGGACACCUUGUUCAUUUAUAACGUAUUUAAUAGAUUUGCAUUGCAAAUGCUGCAGUAUCCUCCUUUGCAUGCUUCUCUGUAACAUGGACCAGCCCAUGGGGAAUCUGCUUCAUGCAAUGUCAGUGCUCCAGGACUAACCACUGGAGGUUUUGUUGAGGAGAGAAGAGAAGAGAACAAAUGGAAUGGGUUUGGAAAAAAAAGAACAAAAAACAAAGGAAUAUGAAGUCAUUUUUAUUAUUCUGUUGUUAGAUGCAAUUAAACAAUUGCACUAGUUUUCCUUUAGUCCAAGUAGUUUGAAGUGUGCCAUAAUCAAGGAGUGUGUCCUGUUUCAUGAGUAUGUUCUUUGUUUAAGUAUAUGUUCAGGUUGAAUAAUAAAACAAAUUCUUUGCUAACAUGCAGAUUGUCCAGAAGUGUGUAAUAUGUAUGGUUUUUUUAGGUUUAAUUUGGCAGAUGUUUUUCUAUAAAUUACAUUUUUAAGCAAGUUAGUUUGUGAGUGAUGAAAAUAUUAUGGAGUACAAGAUUUUGGUGUAGUAUCUUUAAUAAAACUCUCUCAAAAAUGCCCAA